AUGACGGACCAGGUCGGCUUCGGCUUUCAAGCUGACGUCGUGAGCACCGCAUCGCUUUCCCACAUGCUCACAGGAAGAGUGCUGAAAGCUUUAAGCGACGGCGGAGUCGACACGUAUGCCGUCGCCGCCGCCUUCUGGCUCGGGGCCAAAGUCCCCGUUCGAUCAUCUUUGUCGGACACGGUUCAUUCCCACGUAUCCCGGCGCUGCGGCAUGCAGUCAGUUCUGUCCAAAGCCCUGAGCAUCGGUUGGGGUCAUUCGGUUCCUGUGGUCGAGAUGACGCGCACCCGAGCCGGCACGAACGCGCUCCUCGUUAUCGGGUCUCUAUCGACUGGCACUCCUCCUUUCCAAGCUGCGCAGUGCCUUUCCCAACUUCUCUCCGUGUACGGCCUAGGAGCAGAAAUGCUACCCAGCGUUGAUGUCCUCAAAGGACUUGUGGCAUAUCUGGCACCGUUCGUCCACGACCUCGGGUUCCCAAAAGUUCUCCAGCACAUUGACAGCACUGCGGCGAGAUACUUCGAGACCAGUCGUAGUUUCGGACCUGGCGAGAGAGGAGCAAAGGAAGAAUCUCGCCGUAACAAGGUUUUUGGACAACUUAGGAGAAUGGGUAGCGCCGAAAACCUUGCUAAAGCAAUCAAACAACUGGUCUUUACCGCAGAGAGAGGACAGAGUCAUUACAUGAUCCUCAACGUACGUGGAUCGUGGCUUCCAGCUUUUGCGAGUCACAUACUCGGAAUGUCCGUUGAGUUGCGUCAUGGCGAUACAAUACUUUGGGCUUGCGGUGGAGGCCAGGGAAAUGUGAUUUUUCAGUUGGAGAGCGAUCACACGGCGAACCAUUUCUCGGUGUCUUCGAGCCCGCAGUCCUUGCACAUCGUUCCCGAAGCAUCUGACUGGAAGGAAAACAAUCAAAGGGUCAAGAUCGACUAUCUCCUUGAAGAGACCUUAGAGUAUCAAAUCGCCAGAUGGUCUCACCUCGACACCGAGCUGUCCCCGGCAAUUCAUCACGCAAUCCGAAUGCUUUCAAUGGACCUUCUCGAUAAAACGAGAAUAACGUUGUUUCCAAGACCAGAAUUUGAUCAUAGUCAUGCUGGAUUCUUAAUGAAUGGCAACUUUGACAAUAGACGUGCCUUGGAAGAUGUCCUUGCCAUUAUGCGCGUUGAAUCGCCAACGACGAAACGCUUGGGGCUCCCUCGGAAAGUGGAGGGAUUCUCAACCAUGGGCCCGGCAACACAUGGUCUCGCAUACCUGAAGGAAGGCUCAUUGAAGAGAGUUUUGGGCAUGUGCCGUUAUCACUACGACAGCAUUGCCGACAGUAACGUGGACUUCGCCGAAGACUGUGGACUCGGCCAAUGUCCUUGCGAGUGUAUUGGCAGGCUUAUACACGGGGUUUCAAGUACCGCAGUCGCAUUAACACGUUGUAGGUUCAACCCCUCUGAGCUACGUGUGCAAGGGAACAUUCUGUCAGGAGACACUAUAACUGCGUGGAGUUGGAGCUGUCUCUCAAUCGGACGAGACACUCUCCGUCCCCAUCGGUGUCGGAAUGUUGUGAGCGGAUACAGCGCAACCCAUGAUGAAUUUUUUGAUCAUCUCGGCCGCUUAAUCUGCUUUAACUACUCUGACACCUGGCUGAAAACGGAUGAACUCCAUUUAGUGGCUGGUAGAAAACGUCACAUCGUUGGGUUGUCAGGCGGCGCUCACACGAUCUACUACUCAUGCAUCAUGCAGAACGAUGCUUUCGAUGAACUUGGACGAAUGAUCCAAAUCUCCGGCGGGCUCGCUUCGGUGGGAGGUGCGUUUCGCAACAUCAUAAUUGAGCCAGCAGAACCCCUCCCUGAGUUCGCCUCAAGAAAUGUUCCGGAGAGGCUCUCGGAUCCGUCCUUACUUGUUGGAGGCUCACUUCUUCAGCCCCAUCAUCGGCCCUCUUUGACAAAUCUGAUCAUGGACGUAUCCGUCAACGAAUCGUCCAUCUUGCUUCAGCUGGCAACGUUGAACGAUAUGUUGCCGAGAACAUCAAUUGGAGCGAGCUUCGUGGAAAGCAUUAGUGUUUUCCUGUCUUUGUGGGCUGUUCCAUCAUGCUUCCAUGCGAAAGAUGCAGUUUACGACAUUCAAGACGAUAUGGAGGUCGCGGUCGAUGGUUUCCACGUCGCACGAAUAGUCCAUCAAGACAUCAAGGCAGAAGUGUUGGUAUUUGCGCUAACAGGUAACAAGCUCGAGCAACUCCUGACAUGCGGGGCACUGAGCAAGAUGCUGCCGUUGGGACCAUCGCUGGUUGGACGAGGAAGCUGUGACCAAUGUUGUGGUGUGCUUCAACUUUUCAGUUGUUUGAGAUGCAGCAUACGUCUAUCGAGACAACCUGAUAAGAAUAUCGGACUGCCGUGCGUCGUGAUGGGCGGCUAG